CGAAACCCUAAUAAUAUAAUAAAACAAAAAGGAGAGAUGAGAGAAUAAUGAAGGAAUAAUAAAUAAAUAAACAAACAAAAACCAUCUCCUUCUCCCCACCUCCAUCUCUUUAAUUCUCUUUUCUCUUUGCUUUCUUGACCUCUGGUAUUCUCCUCUAUGAUUCUCCACCUUGUGUUUGCUAAAGAACCUAUCAACCUUUGGUAAAAAAAAAAAAAAGCAAAAAAUUAACUAUGGUUUUCCCAUCUGUUUCAGUUUAUUUAGAUCCUCCAAAUUGGCAGCAGCAGCUUAAUCAUCAACUAGUAGCUGGCAGUGAAAAUCCUCAGCUUCCACCUCUUCGCACUCCUCCUAAUCAUCAUGAAUGUCCCUGUGGGUGGAAGCGGCCGAAGAAACAAGAAGAAGAAAAACAGGAGUUCAAGGUUCCACAACCAGAAGCACCUCUGAAAUGUCCACGGUGUGAAUCCACCAACACCAAGUUUUGUUACUUCAAUAACUACAGCCUAACACAGCCACGCCACUUUUGCAAGACUUGUCGACGGUAUUGGACUAGAGGAGGGGCUCUUAGGAAUGUCCCUGUGGGUGGAAGCGGCCGAAGAAACAAGAAGAAGAAAAACAGGAGUAGUAGCUCAAAACCCACAGCUUCUUCCGAGAGGCAAAGUGGUCCAAAUUCAACCAAUGAUGUUAUUCCCUCUGAAAUCACUGCUCAUCUGCCGCAUCAAACACCUCAUUUACCUUUUAUGGCGUCACUGCAAAGCUUUUAUCAGUAUGGUAUAGGAAAUGUCGGCUUAAACUAUGGUGGAACUCAAGGCCAGAUAGGGCGAACGAGUGGCGCUAUUGGGCAAGCUGAUACGGGAAUUCAUAUAGGAACCAACUCAGACAUGAGCAAUGCUAUUUUAUCAGUAGGAUCAGGGAAUCAUCAGCAGUUCCCGUUCUUCGAGCCAACUAAUAGUUUAUAUCCGUUACAGACUGACUAUAUGGAAGCAUCACCUUUGAUGGUGGGAGAAACCCAGCUUCUUCGUUCCACGAGUUCAAGUUCUAGGGUUUCUCAGCGAGCUCCAGUGAAAAUGGAAAACAACAGUCAAGGGCUAAAUCUAUCAAGAUCAUUGUUGGGUAUCUCGGAUCCGAAUAAUCAGUAUUGGGGAGGCAACAGUUGGACAGAUUUAUCAGGUCUCAAGUAAUCAUCUCUUAUAGCUAUAGUUUCAAUCUUUCUUGAUAAACAGCAGCUAAAAGCUGAUCUUGAUGCUUCAGCGCCUUCAUUCCAGCUUUAACAACAGAUGAUAGUUGACAUAAAGUAGCAUUGUUCUUUUAUCACACUGAGUCCUUCACGAUCCUCAAGUCUCCAACAUCGAAAGCUAAAUAAUGGAUGGUAAAAUUGCAUGUUCGUUGUGGAACUUAUCUCGCAACCUCAUCAUCAUCAUCUUCCUGUCUAAGAAACAACAAAUAUUCGUAGAAUUAAUGUUGUUUCAUACUAUAUAGUUUUGGGUUUUCUUAAAUUAUGUGUUCGGUUUUUCUGCUUGUUUGGGCUUGUUUACAGAUUUGUUUCUAUGUUUGCUGUGUUUGAAG